AUACCAAUGAGCUUGUUCAACGAGCAAGACUCGAAUCGUCCAUGAAACGAAAACAAGAUUUUUACAAGUGGAUGCGAACCAAGAUGAAAUACUUUCAAAAAAUUGGUGGAGGUGAAGUAGUAUCUAUUGGGUUUGCUACCGAUGAUCAGCGUCGCGAACUUUUAGAAGAGCGACUAGAGGAAGUUUCGAGUGUGAUUGCCGAGUAUGAACAUGCUCAUGUAGAUAUUCUGACCUUGUCUGAAGUCCGAACUGCUCUUGGAAUUCUUCAUUCUCAAAAUAAGAUACUUGUACGUGCAGCUGAUGAGGAACAAUUGGUGGAAAGCUCGGAUGAGGAUGAGUUGCAAUUGAUUUUAAGUCGACUUAUUCGGGUGAUUACGAUUUAUGAAGAUCAUCAAUCCAAGCUUGAAAUUUUUGAGGGAUCGCCAUCUUCGUCUUUGCAUUCGACUGAACAAAUACCAGACUCGACUUCUGGUCAUAUGGUUUUGUCGGUACCCACUGGCCAGUCAGAUUCAGUUUCUACCAAUGCUGGUACAGAUCCAUCGCACUCUCAUAAACAGGGUCGUACUACACCUAUGAUGCAAUCAUUUAUGGAUGUUGAAUCAGUGAUGGAACCUACAUCAGCGUCAACGCCUUUACCCAAAGCACAGGCAAGAGUAGCAAAUCAGACAAAAGCCAUUGGUAAACGUGUUGCCGAAUGGGCGGCAGAUAUUGUCAAUGCUAAUUCCGGAACUGCACAAGCAAACACUGCCUCGGUUCGAGAAAAGGUGCUUUUCAAUCCAUUCAUAUCUACUGUGCCUAUUUCCACGCCUCAGUCUUCACCUUCUGUUACUACUGCUGCAUCUACACCAGCAAUACUGUCUCCGCCUAUCCGUCCACCACCACCCAUUCCAUCUCUAUCUUCACCUUCGAUAUCGAUGGCAACACGCUCUGGAAAGCCACUACCAACUUUGCCCAAGGUGAUGCACCACGAUGACAGUUUUGCUGUACCACAUCUACUUGAGCAAGAACUCGUGGGUCCAUACAAUCAACAUGAACAAUCCAAAGAUUUGGAUUUGCACGACAUUGAACCUGCAGUACCGUGUCCUGCCUCAUUAAUCGCUGAUUCCAUGACGGUUAUAGAUGGUAAUACGGUGUGAUCAAUGUGUUGGUAAUAGGUUUUGGUAUGUCAUUUAAUCCAUCUAGCCAUUUUUUAAAAUGUUGCUGAAUUCUACUCUACUAUUUUGAUAUGCUCACCAUAAAACUACUUUGUCACGAUUGUAAUUGAGCAAUUUAAAAUUAAACCUCUUCACACCUUAUUCGGAU